AUCAGUCAUAAUGAUGAGACCAUUAGUUGUGCUCGUGUUGUUGUUAUUCACCUGCAUAGCAGGUGAAUCACAACUUUUUUCACGAAAUUGUAAACCUGUGUCCUCCAAAGUGUUAACAUGUAUCGCUACAGGACAUAAACUGGUGCAUGUAAACGGAAAAGUGUAUCAUGGUAUCGAAUACUUGAAACUAAAUGGACCACACGACCAGCUGCUCAUUGCCUUGUCGCGUUUUCCAGACCUAAAGCACAUCAAAGGAGACAGAGCUGACUGUGCCAGUGUGGAAAACAAUAGCGAUAGAGGAGGAAGACUCAUUACUGUCAACUAUCGCCAGUGUUAUUUUAAUUCAACCUCCUCAAGUACUACAUACACUCCUACUACGAUACCACAUACAACUUCUACUACUCCUGUGUCGGCGCCUACAACGUUUACUACUCAAGUUCCUAUCACGACCUUCACCACCUCUUGUUUACCCACACCCAUCACAACUCCUACUACACAGACUAUCCCCCCAACUACCACCAUACCAACUACCACUACCGCACCAACAACUACUAUCCCCCCAACUACCACCAUACCAACUACCACCACUACUACCACUACCGCUCCAACUACUAUCCCUCCAACUACCACCACUCCAACUAGCAGCAUACCAACUACCACCACUCCAACUAGUAUCACUUUAACACAUAACACUCAAACCACAGCAACUACUGAAUCACCGCCUGACACAUCAACUAGCACUUUCAUUCAUCAAACAACCAUAUCCUCACCUAUCACUUCACGUCAUCCUAACUCGACUCUUUCUUUAACCUCACCUUCACUUUCCACACAUACACCCUCAUCAACAGAUACAUCAGUCAAGCCACUCAUCAUAACAGAUCCACCCUCCCCUACCUUUGAGGACAAGGAUGAUGAUUCUCACCUACAUACUUAUGACGAAGAUGAUGAUGAUGAUGAUGAUGAUGAUGGUGUCAUGGCUGAUGAUGAUGGCGCUGAUUACAACUCAACGCAUGUGCUUGACACCACUGACCAAAUAAUGGCCGCACUCUUGAGUCUUGUGACACUUGCUUUACUUAGUGGAUUCGUGUGGGUUUUAGUGAAAUACAGACGAAGACUGUGUCAAGCAUUCAUAUGUCACCGUCACCAGCACAACAACCUACGUCACCGUCGCCAGCACAACCCUGAGAUAGAACUAAAUACCCUUCGUGCACGUUUACAUUCAUCGCCGAUUUACACAGGUUCCUCGCUUCAUCGUACACCUCCUCGUUCUCCCUUGGCUCAGACUACUAGGAAAACAGUCAAGACUGCUACCACCUCCACUUCAGUCCAGACUACAGCAUUGACUACCGCCUCCACUUCAGUCCAGACUACAGCAUUGACUACCGCCUCCACUUCAGUCCAGACUACCGCCUCCGCUUCACUCCAGACUACUGCCUCCACUCCAGUCCAGACUACUGCCUCCACUCCAGUCCAGACUACUGCAUCGACCUCGCUCCAGUUCAACAUUAAUUAUGAAUCAGACGAUUCUUUUGUCACUGACGAGGAGGAUUUGCGUAAUUUAACUCGAAUGAUCAAUGACGGCAACAUUAAAGCCAAACGUUUACAAUCCCAGAUUGAUCACGUGAGAAGGUCCAAGAGACUGAUGUACAAACAGAUGAGAACCCCUCACUCUCUCAUGAUGCAGUGACAUUCGUUUGAAUAGAUGCGCUUGACUACUAAGUGUGUAGAUGCGCUUGACUACUUAGUAUGUAAGUGACUUUGCAAUAAGCCACGCGUUUGUACGACUUCGUAUAACAAAGUUUGUUAACAGUUCCACGGGCAGUGGUUCACAUGUAAUCAUCAUAAAAUGUAUAUAAAAUGUAUAUAAUC